CCCCGCCUUUUGCACUCCUCGACCCUUCCCAUGGAAGCCGUCAACCGGGGAAAGACCGGACUGCCCCCCUAGAAAUCCCAACAGAACCCUGAACCCAUACUGCUUGGCCGCAUCUGAUCCGAGUCGCGGAGAUUAUUCUCCUCCUCGUCCGUUUCCCUGCGGAAAAGAAGCCGGCGCGGCGUCCCUCCGCCGCCCACGGCCGAAAUGGCGGGAGCCGAGGGGGCGCAGCCCCAGCAGCACCACCCCUGCAGCAUCUGCAUGGAGCCCAUGGCGCCCGCCGCGGCGCACCGCGGGGGCGCCGCCUGCGCGCACGCGUUCUGCCGCGCGUGCCUGUCCGGCCACGUCCGCGCCAAGCUCGAGUCGGGCGGCGGCGGCGGCGGCGCCGUGGUGCGGUGCCCCGACGCGUCCUGCGCGGCCGCGCUCGACCCGGAGCUCUGCCGCGGGGCGCUCCCGCCCGAGGUCUUCGAGCGGUGGUGCCGCGCGCUCUGCGAGUCGCUCUUCCUCGGCGCGCGCCGCACCUACUGCCCGUUCCCGGACUGCUCCGAGAUGAUGGUGGCGGACGACGACGGCGGCGGUGCCGAGGAGUGCGUGACCCAGUCCGAGUGCCAGGGGUGCCGCCGGCUCUUCUGCGCGCGGUGCGGGGUGCCGUGGCACGCCGGCGUGUCCUGCGAGGAGUUCGCGCGGCUCGGCGAGGGGGAGCGCGCGCGGGAGGACCUGCUGCUCGUGGAGGCCGCCCGCGAGGGCAACUGGAAGCGCUGCCCGCGAUGCAGGUUCUACGUCGAGAAGUCCAGUGGCUGCCUGCACAUUACCUGCAGAUGUGGCUUCGAGUUUUGCUAUGGAUGUGGCGGCCAGUGGGGGAUAACUCAUUCUAGUUGCAGCACAGCCUUUGAGAUGUGAUGGAAGCGAUCUGGGAUAAAAGCUGGUAUUCUGAACGAGAAAUAGUUUCAGUAUUUAUCAUCUUUUGGGUUUGACUGGUAAAAUCUGAAGCUAAAUGUCUUCAAACCGGGAGAAUUGGUUAUGUUUUACUGGAUUUUCCGCAUACUAGAAUGUGUUUUGCUAUGGAUGCGGCGGAAACUGGGUCACAUACAAGUGUAAUGGUGUGAAUUCAGUUUUCAGAUUUUUUGUAUGAUCUGUCUGUUCGAUGUACAAACUGGGAGAAUUGGCUAUGUGUUUCCUAGAUGAGUGGCAG